AUGUGGAAAACAAUAAACAAUCUAUUAGGAUGCUCAAAUUGUCCAAUACCAACUUAUGCGGAGAGUAAUGGUGAAAUUUACACAAAACCUAAAGAUAUUGCCAAUCAUUUCGCAAAGUUCUUUAAUGAAAAAAUAAAGAAAUAUAGAUUUGAGAUGUCCAACCCGAUAGAUACGGAGUAUAUAACUAAAUCAAUUACCGAAAUAAUGACUGGAAAAAACUGUCGGUUUGAGUUCACAUCUUUAAGUCUUUUAGAAGUUCACAGCUGCCUUGCUAAGCUUCCAGAUACUAAAGUGACAGGCGUAGACGGCAUUGAUAAUUUUUUACUUAGAAUUGCGUCAAAUAUCAUAGCGGAACCUAUUAGAUACAUUUUUAACUGUUCAUAUACGAAGUCAAUAUUUCCUGAUCAAUGGAAAGUAGCUAAACUACACCCGAUUCCCAAAGAUAAGAAACAGCCUUUUGAAGAUAUAAAUAGUCGACCCAUCAGUCUUCUAAAUGUAUUAAGUAAACUGCACGAAAAAUUUGCGCAUAAACAAAUCUGUCACUAUGUCUCCGAACAUAACUUAAUGCUCAAGAAUCAACAUGCCUAUAGAAUCAAUCAUAGCACUGAAUCAGCACUUUUACAUCUGACUGACAGUUGCCUUGACAACAUGGAGAAUGGUAUGCUUACUGGUGCUGCUUUGUUGGACUUUUCAGCUGCUUUCGACCUGAUUGAUCAUAAUUUGCUGCUUCUGAAAUUGAAAUGUUAUAACUUUUCAGAUAAUGCGAUUAACUGGAUCAAGUCGUAUUUAAGUGGGAGAACCUCAACCGUAUAUAUCAAUGGUGCUUUUUCUAAUCCGAUCGAGAUGACUUGUGGGGUGCCACAGGGUAGUUGUCUUGGCCCACUGCUCUUCAGUUUGUUUGUUAAUGAUUUACCAACAGUCUUAACUACAGCUGAUAUCACCUUGUACGCCGAUGAUAGCACUCCGUUCCAAUCUGGACAUAACGCCAGACUCAUAUCAGAUAAACUUCAACUUGACUUAUCUAAAGUUGAAUUAUGGGUCUCGAAGAAUCGUCUUGUUCUUAAUGCUGAUAAAACAAAUAGUAUCCUUAUUGGAAGUCGGCAGAAGAUUAAAUCAGCUCCAUCGCUUAACUUAUCCAUUAAAGAUAAAAUCAUUGAACAACUUCCAUGUGUAAAACUCCUUGGCGUCCAGGUUGACGAGAACUUAAGUUGGAAACAGCAUUGUGAAGAUCUACUUAAAGAUUGUUCCAAAGCUCUUGGCUUACUGUUCAAGUUCAGCAGAUAUAUUCCAUCAAAAGUUUUAAAGAUUAUCGCUGAGGCACACAUACUGUCAAAAUUGAACUAUUGUUGUACGGUUUGGGGAUCUGCGCAAAAUCAAGAGUCGAUUAAUAAUUUACAAAAACUUCAGAACAAGGCCGCCAGAUUGAUCCUAGGAUAUAAGGUUGAUGAAAUAUCUAGGGAAAAUCUCCAUGAUGAAAUAGGUUGGUUAACAGUGAGACAAAGGAUUCAUGUCAGAACCUUAAUGGCAUUGCAUAAUGUACUUUGUUCUGGUGAACCAAAUGCUAUUUACGUGAAUUUUAAACCAUUUGAACGGUAA